CGUACUCGUCAGCCUCAUGCUCAAAGCUGGACCGCGUCCUGGCCAGUGACAUGCGCGAUAAGAUGGUCGUAGCUAUAUGCCGGCCAUUCAGGGGCAGAGAACACAAUCGACUGUGCCUUGUCCGACAUAUUCUUCGGCUCCUCCUCUCGCUGGCUCCUGGCUCUCCCGGUGGCGCCAGAUCUCUUUCAGCUCAGCUUUGCAUCACAACAACUCUUCAGCUCCAAAACACGUAUAAACUUCGUCAGGCUGGUCUUGACCUUUUUCACUCUUUUCCACUUCCUAUAAUCAUUGGUGCAUAGUCGGCAACAGCGACCAAAUUCGCCCAACGCGACUGCGGCUCAAAUCUUCUCCACCCCACUGGCAUUCGACCACCUGAAAAAUGCUCCUCCAGUCCUUCAUCCUGGCCCUCGCCCUUUUCGGCUCUGUCGAUGCUCGACCUAGCCGAACUCCCAACCACCGUCGUUCUUCCCGCCACCUCCAAAAACGACUCACCAACCCCUCGGUUUCUGGCUGGUCAUAUUCCGGCUGUGUCCGCGAUGGCAGCGCCCGAGCUCUGACAGGGCAGAAUAAAGGGGACGCCAGCAUGACUCCUGCUCUCUGUACCUCUUGGUGCGCUGCAUCCAACUAUAUCUAUGCUGGUCUUGAGGCCAACAACCAAUGUUAUUGCGGCAACUCUCUCGAUAACAGUCUCGGAUACUCUGUCUCAGAAUCAGAAUGCAGCGAUACCUGCGUGGGCAACACCGCCUACGCCUGCGGUGGAUCAUGGAGGCUCAGUUUGUACAAGAGCACCACCGCAUCCACUACCUCCAAAGCCUCGAGCACGUCCUCAGCCGCAACCAGCAUUUCUUCAGUGGCCGCUGCUAGUACCAGUGGCAUCACCGUUGUCUUUGGAUCAACAUGGAUUGGAUGUUACACCAAUAGCGGUAUUGAGAGCGCUGUCAGUGCUACAAAGUAUUCCUCGAGCAGCAUGACCGUUAGUAUGUGUAUCAGCCACUGCUCUGGCCUUGGGUACUCUUUUGCCGAGUUGGAGUAUUACAGCGAGUGCUAUUGCGGCAGUUCCGCUCCUGCGACCUCUCGAAAGAACUCGGACAAUUCCAAGUGUCUCUAUACCUGCAAGGGAGAUUCUUCGCAGACAUGUGGCGGAGCCGGCAACCUCGGCGUCUAUUCUAUUGGAACGGCUUCUACCUCCUCUUCAGCCUCUUCCACCUCUACUUCCAAAGCUACCACUGCUACUUCGACCACAGCUUCGACCACUUCUGUGGCUGCUGCCAGUACCAGUGGUAUCACCGUUGUCUCUGGAUCAACAUGGAUUGGAUGUUACACCAAUAGCGGUAUUGAGAGCGCUGUCAGUGCUACAAAGUAUUCCUCGAGCAGCAUGACCGUUAGUAUGUGUAUCAGCCACUGCUCUGGCCUUGGGUACUCUUUUGCCGAAUUGGAGUAUUACAGCGAGUGCUAUUGCGGCAGUUCCGCUCCUGCGACCUCUCGAAAGAACUCGGACAAUUCCAAGUGUCUUUAUGCCUGCAAGGGAGAUUCUUCGCAGACAUGUGGCGGCGCCGGGAACCUCGGCGUCUACUCUAUCGCAACGGCCACUGUCUCCACUAGCACGAGCGGUAUCACUCUCGUUUCCGGCACGACCUAUUUGGGGUGCUACACCAAUAGCGGUAUUGACAGUGCUGUCACCGCCACGAAGUACUCUACGACCAGUAUGACUGUCAGUCUGUGUAUGAGCCACUGUACUAGCCUGGGCUACACUUAUGCCGGUCUUGAAUAUUACAGCGAGUGCUAUUGCGGCAGUACAGGCCCUGCUUCUUCUCGAAAGAACUCGGAUGACUCCAAAUGUCUGUACGCCUGCAAGGGUGAUUCUACGCAGAAAUGUGGUGGUGCUGGAAACAUUGCCAUCUACUCCCUCUCCGCCUCGACCACAUCUACGGCUACCACAUCUGCAUCCACGUCUACCACCGUCUCCACCACGUCCACUGGUACCGCCCCUUCAUCCUCCUCCACCUCCGGCGUCGGCUCCAACCCCGCAUGCUCGAGCACCAAAUACGUCUACGCCCACCACAUGGUCGGCAACACCUACUCCUACACCCAAUCCAUCUGGGCUUCCGACAUUUCCCAGGCUUAUGCCGCGGGUAUUGACGGGUUCGCGUUGAACUAUGGGUCGGAUAGCUGGCAAACGUCGAGGAUUGCCGAUGCCUACGCUGCUGCCAAGGCGCAGGGGUCUUUCAAGCUGUUCUUGUCGAUGGACGUCUCCUCUUUGAGCUGUUCGUCCGCUGCAGACGCCGCCACGCUCGUCAGUACCGUCACAACCUAUGCCUCCCACUCUGCCGCCGCCAAGUAUGAGAACAAGACGCUUCUCUCGACUUUUUCUGGCGAGUCUUGUACUUUCGGACAAGGAUCGUAUCAGGCUGGCUGGACGUACUUCCGCACGUUGCUCUCCAAAGCCGGUGUCUCUGUCUACUUUAUGCCCGCCACCUUCGCCGAUACUUCUACCUUCUCCAGUAGUUCGUGGAUGGACGGAGAGUUCAACUGGAACUCUGGCUGGCCUAUAGGCAGUACCGCUCUCGACACCUCCUCCGAUACUACCUACUUGGCAGCAUUGGGCAACAAGGAGUAUAUGGCGGCUGCUUCUCCUGCGUUCUUCACCUACUAUGGCCCGACUAGUUACAACAAGAACUGGAUCUACAGGUCUGAUGACUGGUUGUUGGCCAGGAGGUUUGAGCAGAUCAUUUCUCAGAGGGUCUCGAUCGAUCUGAUUGAGCUCAUUUCCUGGAAUGACUACGGAGAGUCCCACUACCUCGGUCCCAUCCGAACUGACCAACCCAACUCUCAAGGCUGGACAGACGGCAUGCCCCACACCGCCUGGCUCACCGUCGUCUCCUACUACGCAUCCGCCUUUAAGACCGGCUCUUACAGCGCCGGCAGCGACCAGCUCGUCCUCUGGUCCCGACCUCACCCCAAAGCCGCCACUCCCUCCGCAGCUACCAAUUCUCGACCGACCAACUGGAACUAUACCGACGACAACCUUUAUGUCUGGGUGGCGCUCAAGUCGGCUGCGACGGUGUCGAUUACGAGUGGUAGCAAUACGGUGUCUUGGAGCUUGGCUGCUGGUGUGAGCAAGCUGAGUGUCGCCAGCUCGGCUGGUACGAUUGGAGCGAGUAUUGUGAGGAGUGGCUCAACCAUCAAGAGUUACAGCUCUUCUGGCUCGUUCAACUACACUACUACCCCAACCGACUACAACUACAACUAUUUUGUCGCUUCGGCUUGAUCUGAAUGUGGACGAUUUGUAUUUGUGCUCUUCCGUGAAGGACAUUUUUUUUCUAUUUAUACCCUUUUUUGGUGUUACCCUUGCUUGCUUUAUCUUUUAUGUGCUUUCUUUUUUUGCUUGCUCCUCUCGACAUGGAAUGUUUCUUGAUGGUGUCUGGUCACACUGUAUCCCUUAGGUAUAACGAGGUUAAUGGACUGAUACAUGCAUAGAGCAUCAUAUAUAUGGUCGUAUAAGCCAUUAUGUUAUUUCUAUACUUUCCC